AGUGGUUAAGGAGACAGACUUGAAAUCUGUUGGGCUUCGCCCGCGCAGGUUCGAACCCUGCUGUCGACGUUUUAAUUUAUUCUUUUUUCCAACUUCAUAAAAUUCUUUUCAAAAACAUUUUUUCUUCCCUCUGUCAAUGAAUCAACGUUAGGGUUUUUUACUUAAAGAAUCUUGCUGUGCUUGGGAAGUACGAAAAAAUAGGAAAUGGAAGACACCACAAUGAGCACAAUAACGCAGUCCAAAACGACACAAGAGUUAGCAAUGGAAGGACAAAAGCAUCUGGAAGAAACAAUCCAAGCAGCAUAUCAAAUUCUCUCUUCAAUGAACGACGAGCUUUGUAACCCUACUUUAUGGUCCACUACUUCCUCUUCUAAUAAUACCACUUCACCAAUUUCUGCUCCUGCUAAUAGUAAUUCUCUCUCGCAAAACGGCGUUGUAAACGGCGAUUCUGUAUCGGAUGCUGUUGUUGCUCAUCACUUUGAUGGAACCGGUACUGGUGUUGUUGGCGGUGGUACAGGUAAUGGAGCUCUCGAUGAAGCUCGGUUUCGGUAUAAAAACUCCGUAGCUGCUCUUCGUGAGGUACUUGCUGCGAUUCCUAAUUCUCAUAAGGCAAUAUCAUUUGAAACAAGCUCAUCAUCUCCGGCAGAUGAAGCUGAUGUUGAGAAAUUAGAAGAGCAAGCCUCCAAUCUAAGAAAGGAACUUUUCAACAAGAAUGCAUAUCUUAAGCUUCUCAUUGAUCAAUUACGAGAUCUUAUUACUGAUAUAUCUACGUGGCAAAGUCCUUGCUCUGUUUGAAGUUCAUAAACAGAUAGAUCAUGAGAAAGAGAAUGCUUGACAGUGGCUUGGUGGUUAGAGCAUAAUCGGGUUGUCAACAUGAGCCUUGGUAUGUUUACUUGAACUGCAAGCGGUCAGUUUGGAGUUGCUUUUGUUGGAAGCUUACUCUGUUGCUUUGCAACAAUCUUUAUAUUUUAGCACAAGCACGCCUUUACAAUCUUUAUACGCUGCAGUCAACUAUUAAGGAACAAUUCCUCUCUAAAGCUGAACGGUGAAAGGUUUCAGGUGUGCACUAAUUAAAGUAUAAGUAGCAAGGGCUAAGUUUUGAUUAGUUGCUUUGCUGAAAUACUUGCUUGAUAGAAUCUUGGCAAGUAUCCGGAGGUUUAACAGGUUUCCAUGAAACAUUCAGCACUUGACCUAGCAGUUUAUAUAUUUGCUUAGAUCUCAGUUUUUAAGUAAUUCAUUGGGUUUGCAUUUAAUAGAUUUUUAGGUGAAUUAUCUGUAGUAUGACCUGUUCUUUAAGCGGUUUAUCAACAACUUUGGUGAAUAAUUGAAUACCUGUAUUUCAUUAUUAUGUAUGCUAAUUGACCUAAAAUUUUGCUUUC